CGACUCCCGACGUCAUCCAGAGGUCCGGAAGUGCCGCACGUGCGCUUCCCUGCGAGCUCCCGGCGUCUGCGCUCGCUUGCCACUGGCCAUGGGUCGUUCCCGCCGGACGGGCGCUCACCGUGCGCACUCCUUAGCCCGCCAGAUGAAGGCUAAGCGGCGGCGGCCCGACCUGGAUGAGAUUCACCGCGAGCUGCGGCCGCAGGGGCCCCCGCGCCCCCCGCUCCACCCGGACGCCGAGCCCGACCCUGACCUGCCGGGGGGCGGCCUGCAUCGCUGUCUGGCUUGCGCGAGGUACUUCAUUGACUCCGCCAACCUGAAGACCCACUUCCGGUCCAAAGACCACAAGAAAAGGCUGAAGCAGCUGACCGUGGAGCCCUACAGUCAGGAAGAGGCAGAGAGGGCGGCGGGCAUGGGCUCCUACGUGCCCCCCAAGAGGCUGGCGGUGCCCGCAGAGGUGUCCACUGAGACUCCUGAGAUGGACACGUCUUCUACGUGACAGGGCCUGCAGCUAUGGGGCCCGCAUGGACAGUGACACGAGGGCUGGUCUGGGAGAGCGAUCCAGCCGCUCGGGUUUGGGAAGUGACCGCUCUCUGGGUGUUCUCCCCAAAUAAAGGAACUGGACAAAUA